GGGGCGUGUAUUUGAAUGUCUGACAAACGUGCUUUUUGCAGUACGCAACGUCACUCGAAUGAUACGCAGUGGAGAAGAUCCGCAAGCGUAGCUUACCCUGCUCAGUGGGAAGAAGGGUGAAAACACACGCUCGUGGUCACACUUUUCUUUUGCCCCCAUCCAGCAGAACAACGUGACAAAAACGCACGAAUACGGUUAUAUUUUCAUAACAUUCAGCCGGACAGAGGAGAGGAGAGAGUGAGUGAGUCAGACUGAGACUUGCCAUGUCAGGUCAAAGGAAAGGACCAGCAGCACGGCUGCGGAAAUGUGCCUUUUGUAGAACCAACCGAGACAAGGAGUGUGGACAACUACUGGUGUCGGACAACCAGAAGGUGGCAGCCCACCACAAGUGCAUGCUUUUCUCAUCGGCACUGGUGACGUCUCACUCAGAAAGUGAAAACAUUGGGGGAUUUUCUGUGGAGGAUGUGAAGAAGGAGAUAAAGAGAGGAAACAAACUGAUGUGUUCCCACUGCCACCGACCGGGUGCCACCAUAGGUUGUGAUGUCAAAACAUGCCGGCGGACGUACCACUACUACUGCGCCCUAUGGGAUAAGGCUCAGACCAAGGAGAACCCUUCCCAGGGCAUCUACCUUGUCUACUGUCGCAAACACCGGGAUGCCAUCCAGGAUGCCAGUGAUGAUGAGCAGGCAGCAGAGGCCAACGAUUCAGACUCGUCCCCGCCGAGGAGUAGGGGCCGGGGCCGUUUUGAGAAGGGCCGGAUCAAAGGGGUCUCCAGGGGCCAAUCAGAUGACACUCGCUCAACUUCCUCCCAAGGCAUGGAUGAUACAGAGAGUUCCUCACAUCGAGACCGGUCUCCUCUGAGAAGCAGCCCCAGUGACACAGGGCUUCGCUGUGGUUUCUGUCAUGCUGGAGAUGAAGAGAACGAGACACGUGGCGUGCUUCAUGCCGACAACGCCAAAAAGGUGGCAGCUCACUAUAAAUGCAUGCUUUUCUCCUCUGGAACAGUUCAGCUCACAACCACAUCUCGUGCAGAAUUUGGUAACUUUGAUGUUAAGACAGUCAUCCAAGAAAUCAAGAGAGGGAAGAGAAUGAAAUGCACUCUCUGUACUCAACUUGGUGCCACCAUCGGCUGUGAGAUUAAAGCUUGUGUGAAGACCUACCAUUAUCACUGUGGCCUGCAGGACAAGGCCAAAUACAUUGAAAACAUGGCCAGAGGAAUUUACAAGCUUUACUGUAAGAACCACAGUGGCAACGAGGAGCGCGAUGAGGAGGACGAGGAGCGGGAGAGCCGCAGCAGAGAGAGGGCUGCAGGCCUGCCCUCGCAAGUCAACGGCAACUAGAUAGUGCUUGAGCGCAAAGUGACAAGACCCAUUAGGAGCUACAAGAUGGAGAAAAGAUAUUUUUAUAUGGUGUUGUACACACAAACUGUCAGGGCCAGCUCUCUCAAUAUCUUAAAGUUUCCUAUUUCUUCUCUUUGAUGCAUACUUCUUCCCCAUUUGUGGACAACAACCACCCUCUAUUGGCAUGUGCAGAUAAGCACGGCGACGCGUUAGAAACAUCUCUUCUGCUCAAGACAAACUCCUGGGAUCUAGAAGACAAGACGACGGCCAUAGGAGACAGAGAAUAGCAGAGAUUCAAAGAAGAACUCCAAAACUGACCAGACACAUGAAUACAACGUGAAUACAAGUUCUGCAUAUGACGUGACUGGACAAGAAAGCCUUGUCUCUCAAUGCAGCCGAAUGUACUGUACUACAAUCUCUUCCUUGUGAUCUACCAUACAGUAGUUCUACUGGAUAUAUUUGAUUGAGGCUGCCUUCUUCUCAUUUUUAUUCAUCUUCUCUUCCAAAUCUUGAACUUUAAUAACUCUGUUGCUGUAAUUUUUCUGUCGAUAUGAUUCUUUUUUUUUCUUUUGAAACGUGUAUUAUAUUUUACUACCGUAUUAUAAUCAUGAUUAAUAUUGAAUAUCAGUGGCUUCCUUUAUAGUCUGAGUCAGGAUUAAACAACAUCUGCUAGCAUGCAUUUUUAUUUA